CAUGAUUCUUCACCCGGUCUCUGAGUGACGUCAUAACAACGCGACGCCAUCCCCUGAUGCACGUUCGGGUGGCGUUUGAUUGAGCUCAGACAGAUCAGAACGCAAGCAAAAGAUGGUAGACAAUCAGGAAAUGUCUCUUCUGGAGAAGAAGGUGGCAGAGCAGAUUGAGUACUAUUUUGGUGACCACAAUCUCCCUCGAGACAAGUUUCUGAAGGAGCAGCUGCAGUUAGAUGAUGGCUGGGUCACUCUGGAGACAAUGCUGAAAUUUAACAGACUAAAGAGUCUCACAUCAGACCCAGCUGUUAUUGUUGAGUCGCUGCAAAAAUCUAAAACGGGUUUGCUGGAGAUCAGCGAGGACAAAACCAAAAUAAGACGAAAUCCGAACAAACCUCUUCCAGAGAACAAUGAGGAGUACAGGGACGCGCUCAAACACAAAACCAUCUACAUGAAAGGUUUUGCUCUUGAAACCACACUGGAUGAAAUUAAAGAGUGGUUUGCAGAUAAAGGCACAGUUGAGAACAUCUACUUGAGGAAAGGAGCCCAGAAGACUUUCAAAGGAUCGAUCUUUGCGGUUUUAGAGUCUGAAGAAGCCGCCAAGGCUUUAGUGGAGCGCACUGAUGUCAAAGAGUACAAAGGGAACGAGAUGAUCGUCAUGAUGAAAGAUGACUAUUUUUCUAAAAAGGUGGCUGAGAGGAAGCAGAAUCGCGUGGAAGCAAAAGCUAAAGCAAAAAGUGAAAAGGAGGACAAGCAGAAGCAAGCUGAAGAUGAAGAGCUGAAAUCCCUGAAUGAUCAGAGAGGCUGCCUGCUGAAGUUCUCCGGUGAAUUGGGUCAGAUCUCGAGAGAGGAUUUCCACACGGUCUUCUCAGAUCAUGCUCGGAUCAAAUGGAUUGAUUUCACCAGAGGAGCUAAAGAGGGCACCAUCCUGUUCCACUCAAACGCCCAGGAGGCCCUGCAGAAGGUCCGAGAGGCUAAAGGAGGAGAAGAUCCUAAGGUUAAAGAGCAGGUUGUUCAGUGGGAGGUACUUGAGGGAGACGUAGAAAUGGAGACUCUGAAGAAAAUCAUCGAGGAUCAGCAGGAGUCCAUGAACAAACGUAAAGGAGGCAGAGGAGGUCACAGGGGUCGUGGAAGAGGCAGGGGAGGACGCAGAGACCGAGGAGGAAGAGAACAGACCCAGUUCAAGGGAAAGAAGACCAAGUUUGAUAGCGAUGAAGAGGGAGAUGAAGAACAAGCCAGUCCAAAGAAGAGACCUCUGGAGUCUAACGGUCAAGAUAACGAAGAGCCGGCUUCCAAGCAAGCAAAAAGCGAGAACGGUUCUUAAGGGCAAAGAACUGUGGCCUUGUUUUUGUACGAUUUUCUCUAAAAUCGAGAAACCUGGAAAAUGCAUUCUCAGACUACUUCUUGUGUCAAAAGAUGCACAAAAGCUUUAUGCCACACUUUUCCCCUGAACUCACCAUGAAAAAGGCACUUUUUUUUUUCUUUGAGCAAACAUACUGCGUGCCUGGAUGUUGUUUAUUUAUUUGCCAUACACACACUUAUGAUUGCUGGUAUGAUUUAAGAUCUCAUCUGCAGCUCUAUAAAUGUGUCAUUUUUAAAAUCUAUUCAGCUUAAGCAGUUAGCUGGAAGCGCUUAUAUAAGUGUUGACAUCUUCAAUUGCAUAUUUUCAUUCCUUGAGCGCUGACAGUCUGCAGAAUCUACACCGAUUGUGUUUUGAGCGUAAUCAAAGAGUUGAUUAUCGGUUCUGACAGCAUUUGUUAAACGCAGUACUGUAUUAUCAUAGAACUGUUUGAGGCCUACAAGUGAACUUAAUUAAGGUUUUGAAAAUGUCAGAAUUUUUAGUAAUAAGCAUUGGUCAAUAUUGUUGUUUUUUUCCAUUAACGAAAACCUGUUUUCCACCUGCUAGAUUAUUCCAUUGCUUUUGUCACUUGCACAAACGUAACAUAAGACAAUAAGUGUGUGUUAUUCUUGUUUCUUUUUAUACGUUGCUGUAAAGUUGCUUUAAGUGGUUACAGAGGCAUGCCGAUCUGGAGAGUUUUCAUUAGGAGGAAUUAGAUUUGACUGAACCUUUUUUUUUUAAAUCAUAUUUUUUUUAUCACAGCAAUGGAUACAUGUCUCUUAAUCUAAAGUGCUGUUUUAGAUGCCAUGCUUCAUAUUUACCCAUUCAGGGCUUCAACAAGCACUCAUUAUUUUUUCCUUAUGUUUUUUACUGUCAUCUGUUGAGAUGAAUAUUACACAAAUUUAGAAAUUCAGUAAAGAGUCUUGAAAAUCAGAAUAGUAAUUAUGUAUGUGGUGGUGUCAUUUUUGA